GCUUGGUUUGAGAAUGAGAUUGCCGAAGAUAAAAGAUUAAAAGAAAGUUGCCAUCUCCUGUUAGAGGAAAUGGAGGAGCCCAUCCAGGAAUCAGUGAUGAUGGAAUUUAAACAUGAAGGUGGGGUUCCAGAAGAAGAGUGUGGUGAGGAAGAAAAGAACCCAUCCAAACUGCAUAAGGGCCUUCUUUCCAUGGAUGCUAAUGAGAAAAGAAGUGUGGACAUUAAGAAAGAGGAUUGUGAGUGGGAAUCUGCAUACCUUCAACAGGAGUGUCUUUGUAUUAUGGAGGAGGGGUGUGAAAAGGUCACAGUUGUCAUUAAAGAAGACCCUGAACCAAUGUGUGACAGCACAAACACGCAGAAACAGGAAUCUGUAGAGAGUAUAAAGGAAGAAGACCUUAAAAGAGAGCCUGACGUGUGGCCAUUUCAUCAGGAUGAAGAGGCUCCUGGAUUAGCCUUCACACCCACUAGUCCCAGCUCCCUGGUGCAUCAUUCUGUCCAUGUGAAGUCUGAAUCUGACCUGAAAAGUCCUGCUGGAGAAGAUUUACAAGACAGAGACAGCUUCCCCUCAUCAUCGUUCAAUCAACCCACUCGUCGGUGUCGGUCACAACAGCCGCUGUAUGAUAAGAAUAUGAAGACUUCAACUUUUGGAAUACAGAGUUUAAUGGCGGCCUCUUUGCAGGAUAGAUUUCUGUCUGUUGUGAAACCCUCAAGCACAGAUGCAUGCAGGACUCACGUACAGGUACACAGUGCUAACCAAGAGCAGCUCAAAAGUGUCCACCACAAAUCUAAACGCAAAGAUAAGUCACAUCGCGUUAGACAGAAGCAACAUUGUUGUUUUGAAUGUGGCAAACUGUUCUCCACCAACUGGCAUCUUCAGACCCACACGAGAAUUCACACUGGAGAAAAGCCAUUUAGUUGUUCUGAAUGUGGCAAACAGUUUUCCACCAGUAGCAGCCUUCAGAAACACACGAGAAUUCACACUGGAGAGAAACCAUAUUGUUGUUCUGAAUGUGGCAAGCGAUUCUCACAGAUAAGCAGCUUUCAGAAGCACACAAGAGUUCACACUGGAGAGAAGCCAUAUUGCUGUAAUGAAUGUGGAAAACUAUUCUCCAACAGCAGUAACCUUCAGAAGCACAAAAUGAUUCAUACUGGAAAAAUGAAGUUCAAAGAAAAGCAGUUUGGUUGUUCUGAAUGUGGUAAACUAUUCUCUUUCAGUAGCAGUCUUCACACUCACAGAAGAAUUCACACUGGAGAAAAGCCAUAUGGCUGUUCUGAAUGUGGUAAGCGUUUCUCAGACAACAGCAGCCUUCAAAGCCACAAAAGAAUUCACACUGGAGAGAGGCCAUAUCCGUGCUCUGAAUGUGGCAAACGUUUCUCCAGCAGUGGGCAUCUUCAGACUCACAAAAGAAGUCACACUGGAGAGAAACCGUUCUGCUGUUCUGAAUGUGACAAACGAUUUUAUGAUAUGAGCCACCUUCGGACCCACAUAAAAAUUCACACUGGAGAGAAACAAUAUUGUUGUUCUGAAUGUGGGAAAUCAUUCUUGGACAGUAGCCGUCUUCAGAAACACACCACUGUUCACACUGGAGAGAGGGCAUACUGCUGUUCUGAAUGCGACAAACGAUUCUCAACCAGGAGGGGUCUUCAGAACCACACUAAGAUUCACACUGGACAGAUGGUGUAUUGCUGUUCUGAAUGUGACAGACUAUUCUCUGACAGUGUUAGCCUUCAGAAACACAAAAGGUUUCAUGUUGGAGAGAAUGAGUUGGAAGCUCAGAUGGAGUAGGUUCGGG